AUGUCUGUCGUCGGUACACUCAAAGGCGAUAUGCCGCAACAAGUCCGAUCACUCUACCGCCAAUUAUUACGGCAAGGCUCGCAGUUCGCUGCGUACAACUUCCGAGAGUAUGCGAAGCGACGGACGAGAGAUGCUUUCCGGGAGCAUCAGGGCGAGCAGGAUAGCCGGAAGGUGCAGGAGUUGGUGCAGCAUGGGAUCAAGGAGCUUCAGAGCUUGAAGCGCCAAACAGUCAUCAGCCAGUUCUACCAACUCGACCGGUUAGUUGUUGAGGGUGGAAUCUCGGGCAAGCAGACGGGCAACAAUCAAGAGAUUUUGAGGCAGAAGGAGCAGGGUUACGACUAA